AUGGUUCAAGGAAGCACAAGAGCCGAUGGUGGAAGCUCUAGCCGUGAAUUCGGCAUGAACUUUGAGGUUGCGCCUCCUACUGCUGUGCCGCUUGGAGUCCCAGUGACUCUACCGGUGGUUGUGGGAGUUCGACCCGUGGGUACCCCACGAGGGGUGCAACAGCUAGUUGCACAUGCAUCUCUCAGGAAUGAAGCAGGCACUGCACCUGCUUCCGGGCUCACGGGAGUGCUCACCUCCAGUGUGCGUAGCCGCAAUGGCAACACGACCAGCGGGUAUGCUCGAUUCGGGCCUCUCAAGUUCACGCAGCCCGGACUAUACCGCCUGCGAAUCAUGCUGGGAGCAGCCUCAUUCAAUGGAGUGACCACGAAGGAGUAUGUUGAUUCGGGGAUCAUCCAAGUUCAGGCCGGCGCUGGAGCUGCACGUCCAACACCUUCGCAAAUUGCGAAACUCCAGAGCCUGAUUCCAGAGAACAUCGACAUUACCGCAGCCGAUAUUGCGGCCUGGCAAUCUGCCUAG